AUGUCGAACAGGGUGAAGCAGCAGGCCUACAUCGAGAUCGCGGAGCAGUCGUUCGCCCACCUCCACACCCUCUCCUUGCAGUGGCACCUCAAGAAGAAGAUGGGUAACGUGGUGAGGUCGAUGGACAGGGGCACAGACGCGGCUAACAACCUCAUCACCUACCUCUUCCUGUACCUCGUGCCGGCCAUCGCGGAGUGCAUAGCCACGGUGAUCGUGUUCUACGUGAACUUCGACGACUGGAGGCUGGCCACGAUGGCCUUCGUGGCCCUCAGCCUGUACGGCUACGUGACCGUAAGGGUGACGCUGUGGAGGAAGAAGUUCCGCCAGGCCACCAACAAGCACGACAACGACUACCACGACAAGGCGACGGACAGCAUCAUAAACUACGAGACCGUGAAAUAUUUCACGAACGAGAACUUCGAGGUGGCCCGGGUCAAGGAGAGCGUGAAGGAGUACCAGCGCUUCAGCGUCAGCACGCAGGCCUCGCUCUCUAUCCUCAACGUGUCCCAGCAGCUCAUCAUGUACGCGACCCUCACGCUAGGGCUGUACUUCUCCGCCCAAACGGUGGUGGACGGCGACUCUACGGUGGGAGAGUUCGUGUCCGUGAACACUUACAUGAUGAACCUUUUCACGCCGCUCUACUUCCUCGGUACCGUCUACAACAUCAUCAUUCAGGCGUUUGUGGACAUUCGCAACCUGUCGGAGCUGUUAAACGAGUCUCCGGACAUUGUCGACGCUCCCGAUGCCAUCGACCUGCCCAAGACGCCUAAGAAUGUCGGCAUGAGCCUGGAGUUUAGGGACGUCUGGUUCUGGGGGCUCCGCGGUAUCUCCUUUUUCGUGGAGCCGGGCACCACGACGGCCCUGGUGGGACACACCGGGGCGGGCAAGACGACCAUCAGCCGCUUGCUGUUCCGGUUCUACGACCCCGUCAAGGGGAUGAUCCUGUUGAACGGCCACGACAUCAAGGCGGCGACCCAGCAGAGCGUUCGCCGUGCGAUAGGAGUGGUCCCCCAGGACACGGUCAUGUUCAACGACACCGUGCUCCACAAUGUCCGUUACGGGCGAAUGGACGCCACGAUGUCGGAGGUCGAGGAAGCUGCGGAGUCGGCCCAGAUCAAGCGUUUCAUCGAGCAGCAGCCCGAAGGCUGGUCGUCCAGGGUGGGGGAGCGCGGGCUCAAGCUCUCGGGAGGGGAAAAGCAGAGGGUCGCCAUCGCGAGGUGUCUGCUAAAGGACCCUCCCAUCGUGCUGCUAGACGAGGCAACGAGUGCUCUAGACAGUCGUACGGAGCAAGGAGUGCAAGAGGCACUGAACGGUCUCAAGACUAACCGGACGACGAUCGUCAUCGCGCACCGGCUGUCGACCGUCCGUAACGCCGAGCAGAUUCUCGUGCUCCACGAGGGGCAGAUUGUCGAGCGUGGUGACCACGACUCGCUCAUGGAGCUUGGGGGCGAGUACGCGGCGAUGUGGAACAUUCAGGUCCAGGAGAGGGAGAAGAUGCUCGAGAUGGAAGCGGAGCGUAUCGCGGCCAUGGAGUCAGACGCGGCAGAGAUGACGGGAGCGAUCGCUGACGCCCUCCCAACAGACGCCGAUACAGCGAUUACCCCCAACGGCACUGGUACCGAGGAACAGAAGGAGUACCGGGAGCCUGCAGCACCGCCCGCAGAAGCGGCUGAUGCCGGAGCCAUCGCUGAUGAUGCCGUAGUUGACGCUGGCGUAGGUGGCGAUGAUGAUUCUGGCGCGGUGGCGGCGGCGGGCAACGGGCACCAGAAAGAUCCGCAGCAGCAGCCGCAGCAGCAGCAGGAGGAGGACGGGGGGGCAGGCUUGACCGCAGCGGGGAAGAAGAAGAAGAAGAAGAGGAAGCCUUGAUGACGUCGUUGAAAGGGCUGAAAUAUUUUCAUGUGUUUUUUUUUUUUUUUUGCAAAUGUGUGUUGUGGUGUAUUAUUGUUUGGCGCGAGAUUCGGGGCAGCAGCGGCCUUAAGGUGUUCUUGACUCAUGGCGCACUCUGCGCAUUGGCCUAUGUCUCGUGGCUUGGUGGCGGUGCUGGUGUUGCCCCCUGCCCUGCCUAGCGAUAUUUGCUGCACGGUUGGGAGACAAGAGGAGGAGCACGGUUGGGAGGGGGUGCGACAACUGGCCACGGCGCCGAAUUUCGACCCG